AGACUAAAGUUUUGCAGUUUCAAUUAAUGAAUCAGAAAAGACUGCACGUAUCCGACAUCUUUAGUCAUAGAUGUGUUAGUAUAGCCUGACUGGUAUAAGAUGUCACGCUUUUGUUAGCUACUCUGCGUCGUUACGCUUUUUUGAAUUUUGAAUUUUAUCAGGCAGAUUUUUCGACUACUAAUACAGAGGCUGUUUAUGUAUAUGUACUUUUUUUUAAAGCGACCAAGCAGUCGGAAGUGGCUAACUGUGGAUGAAAAACGUAAAGAUUUUGUGCAAAAGUCACGUAAGUGUUGAACAGUACUUGGAGUUAUUUGGUGUGUAUUAUACCUGUAUAAUACUUUAGCAUGUAGCCAAUGUUAGCCACUGUGACCGAUAUCUGGUAAAGUCGUGAUUCAGUCUUGGGCUCAUGAGAGUAGUCUGCUUAUGCUGUUACUAUGGUAGUGGAGGUGGAAAGUUUCUUCGGGGUGUAUAUGCUGUACUGCAUCAAUCCAAAAUUUAAAGGCCGUAUCUACAUCGGCUUCACUGUGAACCCAGAGCGAAGGAUAGGACAGCACAAUGCUGGGAGGCACAGAGGAGGGGCCAAGAGGACCAGCGGGAGAGGACCGUGGGAGAUGGUCCUCAUUAUCCACGGCUUCCCAUCUGAUAUUGCUGCUCUCAGGUUUGAGUGGGCGUGGCAGCACCCUCAUUCCUCCAGGAGGCUUGUGCAUGUAUCUCGGCGCUCCAGAAAAGAAUCGAGCCUGGAAUUCCACUGGCGAGUCGUCUCCAACAUGCUGAGGGUUGCGCCAUGGAACAGACUGCCGCUAACAGCCCGCUGGCUCAAACAGGAGUACAGGAUGGACUUUGAGCCUGGCCUGCAGCCUCCCCUCCAUAUCCCCAUCGCUUUUGGCACCGUAAGAGCCAAAAAGACACCCUCGCUACAAUGUCAGGACGAGGAAGAGGAGGAGGCGUCCAUGUGUUUUCUCUGUGAGAAGCACAUCAAGGUGUCAGAGAAGCUGAGUUGUGUCCACCCUUCCUGUGGGAUGAGAGGUCAUGUAAUCUGCCUUGCCAGAUAUUUCCUGAGGUCUGAGCCAUCCCACCUUCUGCCAGUUGAGGGCGAGUGUCCUUCCUGCGACAGCUCGAUGCUGUGGGGAAGUCUCAUCCGACAUAAACACGGCUGCUUCGGAGACCUGGAGGAGGUCACGCUGUCUGCAGCCCAAAGUCACUGGGCAGACAAACUGCAGAUAUGAAGAAGGGGAAGCUGUAAAAAAAAUGCGUUUACUUCUCACUGGACAUCACAUCACUGUCAGAAGAACUGGAGUACUGCGUGGAAAGGACCGUGCUUCCAACAUGAUCUGCAGUUUGUGACGACUGUGUCAGUGGCCUGGCAUUAAUAUGGUGCUUUUCUAGCCUUACUGACUACUCAGAGCACUAGAAUCCACGUUUCACCAUAAGUUACACAGCAAAUUCUCAUUCACAAUCUAUUUGAACCUCUAACUCAUGCAAUCAUAGGGCAAGAGGCAGGAUACACUCUUUUUUUUUUUGUCAUUAUUAGUGUUGAAUUAGGUGCGAGUGAUGUAGCGUUAGUGCUGUCUUCUCUUCGUUCCAGUCUGCUGGAGUCUGAGUUUGGGAGGAAAACAACACAGGGACAAUAUGCAGAGUACACACAUGUAUUAAUUAAUAGUUACGUGGUAAUUCUAAGUGUGGAUCUGGGCGUGUGAAUGGUUGAAUCUCUGUGUUAGCCCUGUGAUGACAACAUAUCCAUGAUGUUCCUGUCUUUCCCUUACCCAGUGAUAGCAGGAACUCCAGCCUAACUUUUGUCUUGUUUCUGUCACUUUCUCUUAAUUAUUUAAAAAGCAGAAUAAAAUCUUCUGUUUUUAUACAUGACUGAUAACUAAUUCUUCCAUUCUGUAUGUAUUAUUGUAAUAUUAUGCCUUAUAAUAUAAAGCGCCUUGAGGCGACUAUUGUUGUGAUUUGGCGCUGUAUAAAUAAAACUGAGUUGAAUAACUGUUUUGGGGGUAUAAUCUUGGUUAUGGUUCCCUGAGCUAUAAGUCUGGCCCAUAUUUUUUCUGUACACUACCACAGAGGAUUUUAAAUCAGCCAUGAUGUGACUGAAGUGCGAACUAUUUGUAUAUGUAUGAAUAUG